AUGUCCGCCUCACGAGCAUCCAUCAGUCUCCUCCGAGCUCUCCGCACCGUCCCGGUCCUCCCGCGAGUCGGACAAACAGCGGUAUCUCCCCGGCUAUUCCUGGCCCGAUCCCUGCACUCGACCCCCGCCCGACUGGCCUCAGAGGUCCCUCAAGACCCCUUAGCAGACCCCAAGAUCCAAGCAUUCUAUGAGAAGCUGCGGAAUCACCAGGGCGCGGUUGAUGCCAUGAUGGCAGUGGCGAAGCUGAUGGAGUCCAAGGGAUACGCGACGGAUCGGCCGCCUAGUAUGAUGGAGAUGGCCAAGCUGAGUAUGGACAAGGAUAUGCGUGCAGCUGGACAAAAGUUGAUGAACGAAAUGAAGGCUGCUGGGGUCGAGAUGAAGCCUGAGAUGAUGCAAGCUAUUUUCAGCAAGGUGAAGCCUUGA